CAGCUUGUUGUAGUGGGAGGAGGAGGAGUUGGAAAAUCAGCACUUACUAUUCAAUUUAUCCAGGAGCAUUUUGUAGACGAGUACGAUCCCACCAUUGAGGACUCGUAUCGCAAACAGACCGUGGUGGAUGGCGAAGUGGCUAUGCUGGAUGUAUUAGAUACCGCUGGACAAGAAGAAUACAGUGCGAUGCGAGAACAGUAUAUGAGGUCAGGCGAAGGAUUCAUGUGUGUCUAUUCUGUCACGUCUAGACCUAGUUUUGAAGAGAUCGAGCCAUACUUUCGACAAAUUUUGCGAGUCAAAGAUGUGGAACGCUAUCCAAUCAUCAUCGUAGCCAACAAGGCAGAUUUAAUUUAUGAAAGAAUGAUUACAAGUGUUGAAGGACAGGCGCUAGCUGCAAAACUUAAAUCACAUUACAUUGAAACGUCCGCCAAGGAGAAUUUUAAUGUGACUGCUGCAUUUCAUGCACUUGUUCGCGAGGUACGUUGGUAUUUUUAUCUAGACUGA